AUGGCAGUUUCAAGAACAGAGAGUAUCUGCAAAGAGAUUCACAGUUCUCUUAGGAAGGAAAAUGAAAGACUUGUAAUCCAGCUCCUGCUUGGCCUAACCCAGCCCGAGUCCAGAAAAAUCAGAGAAAAUUACUUAAAAAUGUACGGUGAGGAUUUAAUCCAUCUCUUCCAGAAAUUUGAUCCAGGUGUGUCGUCCCUGUCCGGCCUGAUGAUGCUCAACCCAUUUGAGAGGGACUCUGUUCUUGCAAGAGAAGCUAUUUUCAAGAAUGCCACCGUCGAUUACCGGGCGCUCGUCGAGAUUUUCGCCAGUCGAAAAUCGAGCCAUGUCCUUUUGAUUCGACAAGCUUAUGCCUCCAAAUAUAGGAGCCAGUUAGAGUUGGAUAUUGCCGCCAUUGAACCUCGCCAUCCAUAUCAAAAGAUCUUGAUGGCAUUAUCUGCAUCACACAAAGCACACCAUGCUGAUAUUAGCCAUCACAUUGCAAAAUGUGAUGCAAAAAGGGUGUACCAAGCAGGGGAGGCAAAGCCAGGAGCCAUUGAUGAGGCUGUUGUAUUAGAGAUCUUUAGUAAAAGAAGCAUUUCUCAGCUCAAGUUAGCAUUUAUCAGCUACAAGCAAAUUUAUGGGCACAGUUACACUAAAUUUCUGAAAAAUCAAGGUCUUGGAGAGUUUGAAGAUGCUGUUAGAGUUGUUGCAGAGUGCAUUUACAGUCCACCAAGAUAUUAUGCUAAGGUUCUGUAUGGAUGCUUGAAGGGAAUGACAAGCGAUAAGAGCACUAUCGAGCGGGUUAUGGUGAGCCGGGCAGAGGUGGACAUGGACGAGAUACAAAGGAGCUUCAAGGGGAAAUUUAAAAUUGAACUGAAGAAUGUCAUAUCGUAUUCGAAUUCCACGACGCUCGGUUACUUGAGCUCGACACAAGCGCUUGCGGAUUACGCGACUUUGAUUCUCGAUCUUAAGAAGAAUCUUACGGCCGAAAAAUGUCCUGUUGUAGUCUUUGGAGGUUCUUAUGGCGGAAUGUUGGCAGCAUGGUUCAGACUGAAGUAUCCUCAUGUGGCUAUAGGGGCUUUAGCAUCCUCAGCUCCUAUUCUAAAUUUCGACAACAUUACUUCGCCGUAUAGUUUCAACGAUGUCAUCACCAAAGAUUUUCGGAUGUGCAAAGCAAUCGAUGAUGUAAAGACCAGGAACAACACAUUUGAGAAAAUAUAUCGUGCAGCUAGCGUCUACUACAACUACACUGGUCAAGCCAAGUGUUUUGACCUCAACGGCGGUUCAGGUCAACUCGGGGUCAAUGGAUGGUCAUGGCAGGUAUGA